CAUACAUACACCUAGCUUCUUUUCUCCACAACUCAGAGCCGCUCUUUAAAAAAAGAAAAGUUCUCUUUUUGAAGUUUAAUCCUUGGCUCUUCUCUCUCACUGGACCCAAGAGCUCCUCUCUCUCACUCACUCACUCACUCCGGAUCUCGAAUCGAUUAAAGAAAGAUGCAAAGCCUUGGACGAUACUCAAGACGAUUUCUCCUGUUCAAGAAAACACAGCCAAUCCAAUUCUCACGUACCCUAACCUCUGCGAAGCUGAAUGACACUUUACAUAGUCGAGUCAUGGCGGUGGAAAACAAGUUCCUAUGGAGGGUUAAGGUCACGCCUGUGCUGGACGAUUGGCUGAAACAAAGCAAACAUAUAAACCCUACGGAUCUAAGAACCGUCAUCAAAGCUCUCUCCGAGUCUCAGCGAUUCGAUCACGCCCUCCAGGUUUCAGAGUGGAUAACUAAACGAGGGGUGUUCGAGAUAACCACGGAAGAUGUUGCAUCUCGGCUUUAUCUUGUUGAGAUCAAUUCAGGGUUGACCGAAGCAGAGAAGCUCUUCAAUAGCCUUCCUGAGAACAUGAAAGACGACUCAGUCUACACCACUCUCUUAAGCUUCUACACAAAAUCCAAGAAUACACGGCACGACGCUGAAGCCACUUACCAGAAGAUGGGGGAGCUGAAUCUUCUCUCGAAACCGUACCCUUACUACAAGAUGAUCUCUCUCUACAGCCUUCUUGGAGAAGCAAAUAUGGUCGACGAGACUCUGAGGCAGAUGGAGGAGAACGGAGUUGUCCAUGACAAGAGUCUCACGGACAAUAACGUCUUAAAGGCUUACGCGAGUGUCCCUGAUGUGAAGGCAAUGGACAAGUAUCUGAAAAGAAUAGAAGAUGAAACGCCAUCGUCUGAAUUGGCUUGGCAAACGGGAAUAAGCAUGGCAAAGGCUUAUUUAGAAUGUGGUUCGAGUAAAGAAGCCAUAGAGAUGUUGCGUAGAACAGAACGAGUAGUUGAUGCAAAGUCGAACGAAGCAGCGAACAAGGUGUUGAUGGAGAUGUAUGGGGAGGCUGGAGCUAAACAAGAUGAGUCCCGCUUCUAUAGGCGUAUCAAUCCGAAUGCUAAGCAGGGACAGAGAAUGAGAGCAUGUCGAAGUAAAGGAUGUCGUGCACGAAGCUCUUUCCACCAGGUUCAUUACUAUGGUGGAUGUGGUGGUGGAUGUAGCGGCUCUGAUCAUGAUAGAGGUAGUGGGGAUGGUAGCCGCGCUGAUGAUGACGGUGGUGGUGUCGGGGCUGAUGAUGACGGUGGUGGUGUUGGUGCUGAUAUUGAAGGUGGCAGCGGCGGUGGAUGUGGUGGAUGUGGUAGCUGGGGUUUAGAGUAGAAUAUCAAGUAGAGAGUCUCUCAUCUGUCAGCUUUUCGUCAAAAUAAUGGUUACUUAACUACCGUCGAAUGUUUUACUUCCUCUACAAGGUUACUAGGAUCCACGGUACUGCUAGUAGUGUAGUACUCUGUUUUUGGCUAUGAGUAGUGUGCGGAACUGUGAUGCAGUGUAGGUUGUUGCAUCGUUUUAGGCUAACCUCUUUUGUCUUAGUAUUGAUAUGGCUAAUGGUUAAGGUCUGUAAUCAUGAAACUCUUCAAUCGUUUAAUGUUACAUUAAAC